AUGUAUUCUCUGAUCGCCAAGAUCGGCGCCUUUGCUGUGGCUUCGCUAGCAACCCAAGCAGCGGCCUUGCCCUCAAACAACAAGCCUGAUCCUUUCUCGAAUGCUUCAUGGCCUCUGCCUCAUAACAUAACUGGCGUGUCCAAUCCUGGAGCUAACCAGAGUUAUGGUGGUUGGGGUGGUGUUCAUCUACACGACCCAUCGAUCGUGAUGGGUCCUGAUGGCCAUUAUUACUCGUUCUCAACCCAUGGGUUAGUUGUCAUCAGCCGAGCUUCACAGUCUAACUCUUUGGAUGGCUACUGGGAACCUAUUGGUUCGGUUCUCGAGGGCUCCAGUGUUAUCAACAACACCGGAAGCACUGAUCCUUGGGCUCCUGGUACGUAA